AUGAGGAGGGAUGGGCAGCCAGAAGCCAACUUCGUUCGGAUCGAGAGGAGGUCACUCCGGCCAAGAGUGGAAAGGGAUCUUGGAGUCCUCCACAACUGCGAUUUGCUGCCAGUCUUGAGAUCAAAUAAAGCGAGGAGAGAUCUCGGUGACGAAUGGAGGCCGUGGGCGCUCUGGUCGGCAGAAGGGAUGCCCAGAAGCAAAAUGGUGGCUGCGGUGAAUCUGAGCACGAGGGCAUCAAAGCACGCUCGAUGGGAUUUGCUUUGUUAUACGGACGGCGAGCAACAUCGAGGCCAAUGGGGAGACAUGUCGCAGGACUGGAGGCAAUGCAACCGGCCGAUUGGCGGCAACGGCGAGAGGCACCAGAAGCAGAGAGCAUCAGCAGAGGAUGGAAGCGAGCACGCCGGUCGCUCUCAGGGCACGAUAGUCGGCGUGCUGGACGGCAUGGCUGGUGGACAUGGGCCGAUCCGUCCGCAUGAGACGGGGCCGGGUGCCAUCUUGGAGCCAGGAAAUUGA